AUGUCUGAACUCGAGAGCAAAUACGUGUUGCAGACGGCCGGUUUCGAUGCCCGGUUCCCGAACACGAACCAGACGAGACACUGCUUCCAAAACUACACGGACUAUUUCAAGUGCAUUGCCGCCAAGGGCGAGGACUUCGCCCCGUGCAAGCAAUUCAAGAGGGCGUACAACUCUCUGUGCCCUAGUACGUCGUUAUCCUACGAUAUCCAGCGUUUCGAUGAACAAAGAGAAAACGGCACGUUCCCUGCCUCGUUGGAGCCCUGA